AUGAAAAUCUCUAUAGUAAAGGGUAUAUUAUAUUUUCGUCUCGCUGUGGGCAAUUAUUGGGAGUGUUCUUCUUCAAAAACUGUUCAAUUUUUAUGUAAAUGUUAUUGCGUUGUCUAUAUAAGUGUAGCUACUUAUGUUUACUUUUCAAUUGGGUUUGAAGCGGCUAGUCUAAAAGCUAAGCAUGAUGUUAAUUUAUUUUGUUUCCUUUUUAUAAACGGAAUAUUCGCUAUUUGGAAUAAACAAGAAUAUUUUACACGAUUUUAUUCCGGUAUAAGGACGUUCGAUAAAAUAAUUCAUUUCAAAAAACGUAAAUCAGCAUCUCUAGUCGCUUACAUUACUUCGAUAGUCAUUAAAAGUGGUUUAAAUUUAACCGGCCAUAUUUUGAGAAACGAAAGAUUUGUUCCAUUCUUCGCAAAUCAAAUGGCGGAGAUUUCUAAAAAUAUAUCGAACUUGCCUUCAGUUAUGAUAUAUGAGAUGUUGUGGUCACGAAUGGCAUGCUUACGGAAAUGGCUGAAUUCAAAGUUGAUUUAUGGAAAUCUUGAUGAAAAGCAGUUUUGUCUAAGGAAGUUCUUACAUCUGUACAAAACAUUGCUUGAUAAUGUUACAAAAGUACAUAAUAUACUAGUUAUGCAGGCAUGCAUGGAGCUGGUUUACUACUUUAUAACAUUGUUAGCUGAUGUACAUUCGGCCAUAGUGAUAGGGAUUUGGAAAGGCACAUGGGAAUUAUCUUUGUCAAUUCUUAUUAUCUCAUUGACUAACGUUGUACUCUGGUUAAUGGGCCCAUUAUUUCUUGAGCUGACGAUGAAUGAGUACGAGGAGAUGAUGUCUUUGAUCUCCACAGAGUUGAUGCAGUGCAAAGAUGAGGCCUAUCGUGACCAGAUUCUCACCACAUUGGAGUAUUUAGAAGUACGACCACCUCGCUACACGAUAUGGAGAAUUAUUUCAAUGAAUUUGAAGCAAGUGGUAACUGUAUUCGAUCUCUUAGUAACUUACAUUAUUGUCAUGCUUUCGUUUCAAUUUUAA